AGAUCAAGUUGAGGCAGCGGUAUGUGUGGACUAAGAGAGAGAGAGCACUGAGGAGGGUCGGCCACUAGGAGAGCUGGUGGACAUGAUAGAAUGCCAUUGUCAACAGCACUCAUCCCUCUCGCUUUGUUCAUUGGAGUAGCAACACGAUCCAGAGGCAGUGAUGAGUGUGUGGCCCGUAACUUUGGCCAUGGCUCGGUGGUGUGUGAGUGUAACUCCACCCACUGUGACAGUAUUGGGUCGGACACACUACCUGCACUGGGGCAGUUCCUGUCCUUCACCAGCAGUAAGGCUGGCAGCAGGCUGCAGAGAGGACAGGGACAGGUACAGAACAACAGCACUGGAGCAGUUCUCAGGCUGACUGUGGUUCCCAACCAGAAGUACCAGAGGAUCAGAGGGUUUGGAGGAGCCAUGACAGACUCAGCUGCCAUCAACAUCCUGUCUCUGUCCCCCAGAACACAGGACCAGCUACUACGACAGUACUUCUCUGCUCAGGUGUGGUGCGGGUGCCCAUUGCCAGCUGUGACUUCUCAACCCAUCUGUACACCUACGCCGACUCACCUGGAGAUUACAACCUGGACAACUUUACCUUAACACCAGAAGACACUAACAUGAAGGUGGUUUAGAUAGAGCUGGAAACAGAGAGACUUUCUGUUCUUUGACUUGUUAGAUUGUAAACAUAUCAAAUUAAAGUUUAUUGGUCACGUAAACAGUUUAGCAGGUGUUACAGCGGUGCAGCGAAAUGCUUAUGUUACUGGCUCCAAACACUGCAGUCAGAUGUCAAACAAUU